UGUUCUUGAGCCUUUUGGCAAAAUAGUCUCGGCCAUGGCAAAGAAUCCGUGGCUCCCAGAACCCAAAGCGCAAUGCUGGGUGUGGUUUCGGCCGCUGGGUAGCGAGACCUCAGGCCCCCGGGACGCGGCGGCGCUGCCGCACACCUCCGCCGCCCACGAGGAGCGGCGCAGGAACGGUCUCUGGGGCCACCAGGCGUACCGCCUGGCCCCCGCGGUCUUCGUGGGGGACGCGGAGGAUAUGGUGGUGGUCAAGGAGAUGCGGGACAGCAAGGCCCAGCUCAAGGUGCGCCCGGGCCUGGUGCUGGACUACUACGAGGGGCUACUGGUGCUGGAAGCGCUGGCGCUGAGCGACGCCCAGUGCCCGUGGUUCGAACAUGUCAAGGACAUCCUGGAGAAGGAGAAGCUGCAGCGCAAUCUAAGCCCCAGCCUCUACGUGAGCAAGAAGCUUCUCACAGCGGCGGUGACAGGCCCUCAAUUUGUGACGCGGGAGGGCCAGGUGGUCGCACACCGGCGGGCGCCUUUGCGGGCCGACGGGCCGCAAGAGGUGGAGGCACCGCCGGGGUGGUACCAGGUGGACCGGCUGCUGGAGUAUUUGCCGCCAUGGGAGGCCUUUGUUCACCCGAAGUGCGGCUUGUACCAGGACUACUACCUGGUGCAGUGGGCCCCCCCGCACGCCAUGGACAGCUACGCGGACACCCCCCAGGGCUGUGAGCAGUUCCCCCAUGCCACCUGGGAGCCGGACGAGUGCCUCCCGGACGAGCUGGACGCCCUACGGAUCUCGGCCAAGAAGCGGUGGCUGGAGGCCCAGCGGGAGAAGGAGAAGGACGGCGGCAACCCCCGGAAGUUCGUGCGCUCCGUGGGCGAGGAGGUGAAGGCGGACCGCAAGCGUUUGGUCGAGGAGGUGCCGGCGGCAAGGAAGUUGGCCAAGGUCUACAACCUGGACUUGCAUCGCCACAUGAAGCACGGGCUGCGCGAAGCCCUGCACACGGAGCUUACGGAGGGCGACAAGCAUCGGAUCCAGACCGGGUGGCCGAAGCGGCAAAGUGAGUACCCGCCAAGCUUCGGCCCGGCCAUGCCGCCGGGCUUCUGCUGGGACAGCUGCCGCUGCAUGGAAGAUUGGCACACGGGCCCGCAGACCGACGAAGGCAAGUCGUGGCUGGAUCACGUGCUGCGAGAUCAGAAGCUGAAGGCGGCGAUCGAGAGCUUCAAGACCCAGCAGUUCCUCCAAGUCCGGGGCAAGGUGACGAACCAGGGCUACUUCCAGCCCCUCACAGUGGCUCCACGGGACCCGCGCCAAGAGGAACGGCGGUUGUGCCAGCAAGUGGCGAAGAUGGUGCAGAAGGCCAUGGAUGCAGCGGUGAACCCUUUGCCUCUGGCGGCCGCCACCGACGAAGAUGCCGGCGACUUGCUGCAGUCCUUGGGGAUCCUGGAGGAUGAGGAAGAGAGAUCUGAGAUCGAGAAGGAGACCGGAGGUCCCUUCGAGCCGAUAGCUUUCCAGAAGGUCUGCGGGCCAGACUGGAUGCAGGUGGACGCGUGCUCAGGGAAGAUCAGCACCAUCGCCAGCCAGACGCCGCGGGCCUUCAAGGUGGAGACCUUGAGCAUGCACGUGGACUUCUUGGGGGCUGUGGAGCAGCAUCGGAAGCGGAUCGCGCUGCAGAUCGGGCCCGAGAAGACUCCAGUGCCCGACAACCUCCCGGCGUGGACGGGGCAAAUCAUGGACAAGGUGCGGGCGACUCCCCUGGUCAUCUUCCCUGCGGAGGGGUUCAUCAAGCAGGUGUACGACACCGAAACGCGGGCUCUGCACAAGAAGGUGACGCUGGCCGCCUGGCUGCGAACCAUGAAGCAGGUGUACUUGGUGUCGCGCGCCGCAGCCUGCAACGCCGCCCUACGUCCACAAGGGUAA